AGAGAGAGAGAGAGACGGGUGCGCGCAUGUCCAGUUCCUCCAUGCAGACUCUUCUCCCAGCUCGCCAAUCAUUCUAGCGAGUUUCCUCCUCUCUCCUCGUCUCUACAUGUGCACCGGGCGCGCAGCUCUCCUCUCCUGAGCGGACACUGCAGGGGGAACAGAAAACGAACGAACCCCACAAUGGAAUAGGAAUACUUCCGGACAACACGAGGGGGAAGACAACCUCUCUCUCAUCUUUCUUCUUUAUUCCUUUUUCCCCCCUUCUGACACCUUUUUUCUCUCUGUCUCUCUCUUUCGCACUCUCCCUCUCCGUCUCCCUCGAUGUCUCUCAACAGUUUCUGAAAGGGAUUGGAGGAACGAAAGAAAGAAAAGAAACAUGAGGAUUAAAAUUUUUGCUUGGCACUUUCUCGGGGUGUUUUCCGCCCUUUGGGGGCUGGCGACGGGGGCUUUCCCGAGCUCAGUGCAGAUAGGCGGGUUGUUCAUUAGGAAUACUGAUCAGGAGUAUACAGCGUUUCGACUUGCUAUCUUCCUUCACAACACCAGCCCAAAUGCUACGGAAGCGCCCUUUAACCUGGUCCCGCAUGUCGACAACAUAGAGACCGCCAACAGCUUCGCCGUCACCAACGCAUUCUGUUCUCAGUAUUCAAGGGGGGUAUUUGCCAUCUUCGGCCUUUACGACAAGCGCUCGGUGAACACGCUGACGUCGUUCUGUGGGGCCCUGCACAUCAGCCUGGUGACACCCAGCUUCCCCACCGAAGGAGAGGGCCAGUUCACCCUGCAGCUCCGGCCGUCCAUCAGAGGGGCUUUGCUCUCACUGCUGGACCACUACGACUGGAGCCGCUUUGUCUUCCUCUACGACACAGACAGAGGUUAUGCAAUACUGCAGGCAAUUAUGGAGAGAGCAGGGCAGAACGGAUGGCAGGUGAGCGCAAUCUGUGUGGAGAGUUUCAAUGAGGCAGCGUAUCGCCGGCUCCUCGAGGACCUGGAUCGACGUCAAGAGAGGAAAUAUGUCAUCGAUCUGGAGCCUGAGAGACUACAGAACAUCCUAGAACAGGCUGUCAGUGUGGGGAAACAUGUGAAAGGUUACCACUACAUCAUGGCAAACCUGGGUUUUAAGGACAUAUCUCUGGAGAGGUUCAUGCAUGGUGGGGCGAACGUGACUGGUUUCCAGCUGGUGGACUUUGGCAGGCCUAUGGUCAUUAAAUUGAUGCAGCGCUGGAACAAACUGGAUCAGAGAGAGUACCCUGGAUCUGACAGCCCACCUAAGUAUACCUCGUCUCUAACGUACGAUGGUGUUCUUGUGAUGGCCGAGGCCUUCCGCACCCUGCGCCGUCAGAAAAUUGAUAUCAGUCGCCGUGGCAAUGCCGGUGACUGCCUGGCUAAUCCAGCAGCUCCCUGGAACCAAGGAAUUGAUAUGGAGCGAGCUCUCAAACAGGUGCGCAUUCAGGGCCUGACAGGGAACAUUCAGUUCGAUCACUAUGGCCGGAGGGUGAACUACACCAUGGACGUGUUUGAAUUAAAGAGCAACGGACCACGCAAGAUCGGCUACUGGAACGAUAUAGACAAACUUGUGUUGGUCCAGAAUGAAAACACUUUGUCCAAUGACAGCUCAGCGAUGGAGAACCGCACCGUGGUCGUGACCACAAUCAUGCCUCUGAUGAUGAGGAAGCCUCUGCUGCGACACUGACGCCGGGGUCUGCAGACAGAGCAGAGCAACAGCCUGAAACGCAGACUCACCUGAGUCGUAAACCCUCGGGAAAGACAGAGGACAGACAGUGAUAGGCUGAGUGUCUCUAAAGCGCAGAACAAGGACACUCUGUGCUCUGAGUCUUUUUUUUUUUCUUUCUCUCAUAACUGCCUUUCUUUUUUUCUUGAUGUAUAUUUUAUUUGAAAAGAUUAUUUAAAUAAUUUCUCUGUUUAGAAGUGGUUUGCCAUGUAUUAAAACAGAAUGACAAUGGCACUGGGAUGCCUUCCUCUCUGCGCUCAAGUCUUCAGCUCAUAACUAAAGCACAGCUGGACGAGAGCUCUGCGUGGGAUGCUGUGGCAAAAUCACCGGACCAUUGGACAUCCCUGUUCAUUCAUAUUGUACUCUUUCUGAGGACACCGCAAUCACCACAAUAUUCUCUGGCACUCUACAGAACACCUACAGGAGAAAUGACCUCACCAACAUUUAUAUUGUGUCUUCUGGUCAGUCCUGCAGCCCUCACUUUACUGCUCUCCCUCCUCCUUUAUCUUUCUGCUCCGUCACCCUGUAAAUUUGCUCCAUCAUGUCUACUCAGUCAACUUUUCUCUGCACUGUGUUUCAGCCUCUCUGAGAGGUUUUCUAAAUGCAAACAUCUGGAUGGAAGGGUAUAAUUGAAGAAGUUCUUUUAUUUUCAGUUAUUAAACACUAGUGCCAUCACUCUAAAGCAUAAUCACAGCCUGCAUCAGGAAGAUUUGAAUUUUGACAUUAAAAUGACACAAUUUAACACUGACAUUGUCAUUUUAUAAACAUUAAAGGUAUGAAAGUUAAGUUAUGUUCAAAAACCCUCCUGAAAUACACAUUGAUGUGACAGUCUCACCCAAAUGUAGGUCGUUCAUGCAGGCAGGCUCUUAAGCCUUCAUUCAAUAAGUCAUCUACACAUGUACAGCACAUUACACACACAUGCACACUCACACAAGUGAAGCCAGUGUGAGCAAAUUGCAUUGACAGGAAUUGGUUGUUAAGCCCUUGGACAUUUACCUUCACUGACGUACACUUGCUGGUCUUGUUAACGCUCAACAAAGCCCCCCCGAGGAUUUGACAAUCUUUUGUUUAUUUUACUCUGGUCUUAGUUUGCUGCCUCUUAAAAAUGCUCCUUUAUUAUUGUGUUUAAUUGGCUUAGGUAAUAUUAAAUUAAACCUAUUGACCUUAGCUCAAUCAGUUGGAUUAGUCUUUAAACUUGCCCCCCUGGUGUAUUUAUAAACGAGGGGUCAAUGUUUAUCCUCCUCAAAGCUCUUCAUGAGGAUCAGGACAAAAGGUUCAGAUGUGAUACAGGAAUGUGAGAGUUUAGCCCAUCCAGACCUGGUAUUAACAUCCAUCCUGAGAGAUCCGAUCAAAAGUGAUCAGCUGAGUAGACACUUCUUCACAAUGAUCGUAAACUACAGGCCUGACAUAUGAAUGUAGGAGCAGAGAUAUGACACAAAAUGUGAAUGAAAGAUCAGAAUAUAAUUAACAGUGUAUCAAGUGUGAAUUACUGUAAAAAUACACAUAAAAUAUGAGGAGCACUGAAAUCAUAAUGAUAAAAUUGUUAGUGAAGCUCUUUCGAGCGACAUGUGACAUUGUGGCCUUGGACGCAUUUGUAUUUGCACAUCAAAAAGAAAGAGGCCAGAUGUUUCCACCAGACCACCUUCAGAUGUGGGUGUCUGACUGACACUUCAACUUCCUGUGGCCAAUAACGGAUUAGCUAUACCUACUUCAGAUUGUAAAUAUCUUAUCUUAUCGUCCAAAUUGCAUAAUCCUUUUAUUGAGCUUACAAAAUAUUGCACAAUCCCUUUUCUAGUGUUAAUUAUUUUUUUUAUUUUUUUCUUUAUGCUUGCACAAAACCGACCACAGUAAAUUCCUUGUAUGUGUAAACCUAUUUGGCAAAAAACCCUGAUUUUGAUUCUGAGUGAUCGGCUCUCAGGACCCAUUUGGGUGCGUUCAGACCUGCACUUAGCUCUGACCACUUCAGGACACAUUUUAACAUGUGAAAGCGGUCAAAAUGAACAAUUCUUCUGGAAAUGUUGGCUUUGGAAAAGAUAUUUAUCAAAUCCAACUUGAAUUGUGACUAACACAAAUUAUUGUAGAUGCUGGUUUACUGGUUGAUCGAUUGAGCAGGUGCAGACUCUCUCAAAUCAUUGGCUAAACUGCCAUCCAGGCGUGUUUUUGGUCGGCUGGUUCGUUACCUGGUUCGCUGACUUGCUCAGCAGCUAACUGGCCUGUUACUGGCUUUGUGUCUGUGUAGCUGGGUGUAAUUGGCAGGUUGACUCAGUGACCAGCAGACUGUGCAGUGAACUGCCUGACUGACUUGUUGACUGACUGACCUUUACGGCUGAGUAGGCCACACGUGUGACUGGAUACGAUGAUGUACUGUAAUUUGCAGUAAUUAGUGAAUGAAUGAAGUGAUUGACCGACUAAAACAUGGCCGUGACUAACCGACUGCCUGGCGGGCCUCUCCGGCCAUCUCGAAGAAUGCUCGCAGGCUGAUUAAACGUCUCGGUGGCUGGCACACUCGUCCUGUGACGGUCUGGCUUUUUAAACGCUACACUGAUUGAGUGAUGGCAGCCUGAAUCAAUGACUGGACCAUGAGGUGACUGCCCAGUUGGAUGCCUGUCCUUUUUUCACUGGCUCACUUAUUGGCUUACAUAGCAAGUCCUGUCUGCCUCUUUGGCUCCAGUGUGAAGUGUUUCAUGUCUUAUCAGCUCCAACCAUUUGCUUCUACAAAGCUGUUCUCCCUCUUCCACCCACCCAUUUCCCCUCUUUUCAGCCCCUCUCUCUCCCUUUCUCUCCAUUUUAAGUUCUCUCCAUCCCUUUAUCUCUCCUUCUCACCCCUCCCUUUUUACUGUUUCUAUCUACUAUUCAGCCUGUAGCUAUCUCUGUCUGUAUUCUGAUCUGCUCCUUCAGUGUUCUUCUAUAGUUUCACGCUGCCAAACCGCCAUGCAUCCCUCUCGCCAGUUGAUUUUCCACCUUUCCUUCCCUUUCUUUUCCUUUCAACUACCUGAUCUUGCUCCUAUUUUCUCUCCCCUUUUCACCUUCCAUUUUUCUGCAAUGCCCAGACUCAUGAUUCAUGAUUAUCAUGAUGCUUUCUUUACCAGCAGUAACAUCAGGCACUAUCAUCCAGUGCACACACGCACACGCACACAAACACUAUAUUGGCAUUACUACCACCACACUGAGGCAAAAGCGUCUGGGGCAAACUGAUAACACACCUUAAGAAGGCUCUAAAGGGAAACCGUGCCACUGUUGGCUGAGUUCCCAUUGGUAUGUGUGUGUUUGUGUGUGUCUGUUUAGUUGCUUACAUAAUACUAAAUUAAGUCAACAAAGCAGGCGGCUCUGAUUUCAAACACUUGACCUUAUAAGACGAUAAACCAGAGGGUAAUUUAAUGGAGGAGGAGGAGGGAGUGGAGUUGGCUACAUUGUCCUUGUUAACAGAAAUUAAGGAAAUGAUUCCCCGUGAGAAUUAGUGCUUUAAGAUGAAAAAUUAAGUAAAAAAAAAAGCACUUACAAAUUUUAAUGGCAUAGUCCCUGAUAUGACAACCUCCCGCUGUAGGAUCCAGUCAGGUAGUUAGAAUGUGUGGAAGUAAAUAAUCAAUACACAACAGCUGUUUGUGCUUCUUAACAGGAGCUUGACAAAAUGUCAUCAUCGGGGUUCAUGAGUGAUCAUCUAAAGGAAUCAUUCAACAGUUUAGUUAUUCACAUUCUUGCCAAGGGUUUAAUGAGCAGAUCAAUACCACUGUCACAUCUGUCUAUUUAGUAAGAAGCCAUCAGUUGGUUAGCUUAGCUCUGCCAGAAGACUGGAAACAGGCGGGCUCCGACCAAAUGCAAACAACAAUCUUCUAUUUUGUAUUAUUGUAUACGCUGAAAUAUACAUCAAACCUAUCUUAAUGUGGAGAAGGGAUAUCAUGCAGACUUAUUGCAAAACCUCACAACGGUGCAAAGAUAUUCCAUACAAAAGUUUUUGAUUAAUCUUCAUCUAUGAAACCAAUCAGAGAAACGCCAAAAUCAGAGAGGUGGGAGUUCAGGGCUGUCAGUCAAUAUGUGAACACACUUUCAGUCCAUACUGCUCUCGUAUAAGAUAGGAGCAAAGACUUCAGAUGUUUGUCUGUUAAGACUGAUUCAUGCUGCCUUCAUGUACAAAAAGAGAUGUGUCCGUUUCAAUCGAUGUGAUUGUCACUACCAUACCUCUAUGAGUCCUUUACGUUGGCAUGGUUGUUGAGCAAUACAUCCAGUAGAGGGCAGUGCAGAGUUUCUGACACCAACAAACAUCGCGACAGUGAAAUAAAAGGUAAAAGCGAUCCAACUUACCCACUCGCAAAGUGUCCCUUCUGAACAUUCAGCCAUUGUAGACAUUUCUUCCUUGUGUCCUGCGAUUGUCUUGCUUGAACUGUUGGAUACACUGCCCCCCCAUGAUUACCAGUGGUACUGCUCCGUUUUGUCCGUCGGUAUUGACACAAAGCGCCGUGUGUUU